CGAGCGGUCUGGCCACGCCCACCUGUUGUGUCGCCCAGCACACUUUAAUUUUAGGAUUGUUGCGUCUGUUCACUUAGCUCAAAAGCUGCUCUCCGGUGGCCUGGCGCUCAGUUUUCCCUCCAUUCUGGUAACAUGACGGCGGCGCCUCUCGAGUCGGACGCAAAGCCUCCCCGCCGCAUGAGGAAGACCUACGCUUUCUGGUGGUGUUUACUGGGCAUCUGUGCAGAGGCCCUUCUGUUCCUGCUGUCUACUUUAUCAGAUGCCUGUGAACUACCUCCACCAUUUCAAGCUAUGGAACUCAAGGGUGUACCUAAACCCUAUUAUGAGGUUGGAGAGACAAUACAAUAUCAAUGUAAAAAAGGAUACCUAUAUUUGCUUCCAUUCUCCAUGGUUGCUACCUGUGAACCAAAUCAUACAUGGGUCCCUAUUUCAGAUGAUGGUUGUGUUAAAGUAGAAUGCAUUAAAUUACAGGACCCUUCAUUUGGCCAUGUACACUACAUAGAUGGCAGAGUUUCAUGGGGUAGUCGAGCUCAAUUUUCUUGUGUGGAGGGUUAUUAUUUAGUUGGUAUGUCAGUUCUACACUGUGUGCUUAAAGGCAAUGAUGCAUACUGGAACGGUCCUUCCCCACGCUGUGAAAAGAUCUAUUGUUUACCACCUCCAAAAAUAAAAAAUGGAACCCAUACCUUUCCUGAUAUAGAUGUAUUCAAAUACCAUGACGCAGUAAUUUACACUUGUGAUCAUAACCCAGGACCAGAUAAGUUUUCCCUUGUUGGAACUAGCAUGCUGUUCUGUUCUGGCCAUAACACAUGGAGUAGCAAGCCCCCGGAGUGUAAAGUGGUAAAAUGUCCAUUUCCAUUACUACAAAAUGGAAGACAGAUAGCAGGAUUUGAAAAAAGAAUUUCCUAUCAAGCAACAGUGACGUUUGAGUGCGAAGAGGGUUUUUACAUGAAGGGCAGUGACACAGUGGUCUGCAGUGCUAAUAGCACUUGGGAGCCUUCAAUCCCAGUAUGUCUUAAAGGUCCUAAGCCUACUCAUCCCACCAAACCUCCAGUUUACAAUUACCCAGGAUAUCCUAAUCCCCGGGAAGGAAUAUUUGGCCAAGAAUUAGAUGCAUGGAUUAUUGCUCUGAUUGUUAUUACUUCAAUUGUUGGAGUUGCUGUAAUUUUUCUCAUCAUACUCAGAUACCUUGAGCACAGGAAGAAAGGAAAUGUAUCUGCAGCAAAAUGAGAAGUCCCAUGUGUGGAAGUCAUUACUGUUCCAUUUUUGAAAAUUGGCUCUUCAAGUCUGGCAAAAGUAAAAUUAUAUAUUUGCAGGAGCUUCA